GGAAUCGAUGCUCGGAAUUGGUUUACUGGUAGAUCCAAUGCAAAUGGUAUUGAUCUAAAUCGAGAUUUUCCAGAUCUUGAUGGUUUCUACUACUAUUUGGAACAGCAUAAUAUACCUCGUUUUGAUCAUCUUCUGGAAUUGUUCGGUGAUGAAGGAAAGAAUAUCAACCAGAAGUACGAGCUAUUGGCCAAUGGAUUCUUUCCUUACCAUUUGUUUUAUCAGCUAAUAUGCAUGAAGGCGAUUUAGUGGCUAAUUAUCCGUUUGAUUCCGCUCGAAUUCCAAACAACAACGAAUAUUCUAUAAGUCCUGAUGAUCAAACAUUCCGAUAUCUUGCGGAGAGUUAUGCAAGCAAGCAUGCUCAUAUGGCAAAGAAUGAUCAUCCGCCCUGUGAUGGAACUAUCACUGAUGCAUUCGCACAGCAAGGUGGAAUAACAAAUGGUGCAAAAUGGUAUUCGGUUUCGGGUGGUAUGCAAGAUUUCAAUUAUUUAGCAACAAACGCAUUCGAAAUAACAUUAGAAUUAUCAUGCGAAAAAUUUCCGGAUAGCUCAUUACUACCGAAACUUUGGGAAGAUAAUAAGGAAGCAUUGAUCGAUUUUAUUCGAAAGGCUCAUAUUGGAAUUAAAGGUACUGUGAUUGAUGAAAUUACCAGAGAGCCAAUAUCAGAAGCUGUCAUAUGGGUAAAGAACAGUACCGAAAUUACCCCGAUCAAACAUCCUGUUACAUCUUGGGAAACUGGUGAAUAUUUUCGUUUACUUACUCCAGGACGUUAUGAAAUUUACGUGACAGCUGACGGCUAUCAAUCAACAUCUAAACAAGUGAACGUUACAAAUGAUAACCAAACAUCAGCGAAGAUUGUAAACUUUGCUUUAAUGCCGGAACAACCAAAGGAAUUCGAUAUACCACAAAACGAAAUUCUAAACGAAUUGGAAUAGCAAUAACACAACCAAAUGGAUUUGACAUAUCAAAGAAGAAAGCCAAACAAUAUCCAACAAAAAUAAAAAAAAAAAUUGUAGUCAUGACUAUUUGUCGCCUACAUGUUAAAGCAAUGUUUGGAUUUCGGUAGAAAUCUCUUACUGAUGAUGUGACUUAGAACAAUAAAGUUAGGAUUAUGCUAAUUUAUUUGUAUCUUAUCUUUAACUUCUUCCACACAUGUAGGCAGCAAUAUAUUUGUUCGGAUAUAUUGGCAAAUAAAGCGCGG